AUGCUUUGGACAGACACACAAUCCUUGACAUCAUCGAAUGCAAUGGUGAUUAUGACACCUUUAAGAACUGCGUUCUGCCCAGCAUCUCGGCGGAAGAUCAAUUCAACGCGAUGGGCCAAGUGUGCUUACAGUCAAACCCAAGAUAUGGCUGAACAGUGGAUGAAUCCACUUCCUGGCUCGACCUUCCACGCACAGGCCAUCUUCGUACCAGAGACUGUUUUCCUGCUGCUUCACUUCAAGAGUUUACAAGAGUCUAAGGAGUUUUCUGAGAAGUUCAGCUUCGUUCAAACUUCAGAAACUAACAAUCCAAUUUAUACUACUGAGUGGAACAGAGUUUCUAAGGAAGAUCAGCAAUGGCUCUCAAGCAGAGUGAAAGAUUUCGUUGUUUUCGGUCACAGUGAGGAUCCAAGCAAGAUGCUGCCCGUGGAGAGACUUUCGGCUUUGCUUCCCAAUUCUCGCGCACUCCACGUGCUUCCCGUCAACGCGCUCGAUCAGCGGACUUCUGUCUCUUACUGCAACCCCACUUGGGCCCUUACAGCCCCUUCCCCUGCGCUACCGAACUACUGUGACGGCGAGAAUUUUCGAAGUAGAUUACCGCAUAUUGGGUCUCCUUCCACGACACCUCUGCCGAACGCGGUGGAUGAUGACACUGGGAGUGUGACUUUGUGUGAAGAGCCACCCGAUGACUGGUAUUUUGAACAACCGAUGGAGUCCGUCCGCCGGAGCGACACAGAAGGGACGGAAAGUGCUCGCUGCUGUCCCCACGUUCUUGAACUGAAAAAUACAAUAACUGCUUUAACUGAUAGACUACUUGUUGUGGAAAGUGAGCUACGCUUAGCAAGAGAAGCGCUGAGGAGAGAGAGCAUGUCCGUUCAGGAAGCACGCCAACUGGCCACUGAAGAAACUCAAAGAAUGUACGGCAUGUACAGAUCUGAAAGAGACAAGAAAAGCAUGAUGGGGCGCCUCGAUCACCUUUCCUUGGACGGCAGUAAGCUGACAGCAAAGCAAAUAAUGGAACUGACAAGCAUCCCAUGGCUUUCAUAUUACAGAGAUUCCAGCAAACCUAGUGGCGACUUCAUGCGUUGCUCGCUAUGCAACAGUGACACCGAUGUUGACGAAUACAAGCCUGAGCGUGAUCACGAGAGGUGUGCUGAGUCCAGCGAGCAUGACAACUUCUGGAAGAAUAUGCUAGGCAAAAAUGAGGUGAUGUGCAUGAACAGGUUCUCCGGACGUUUACCGCAAAGGAGAGCUACUACUAAUGUGGUAAUCGCCAUAAGAAGACACGAGUUAUCGAAAUUCCAUCAAGACCGGCACCGCGAAUUUACGAAUGCUUUGCAUCAAGAGAGGUCCUCCGCCGCUGCAGACUUGGAAUCGACGGCAUCUGCGACGCUAGCUGCAUAUACCAUAGCGAAGGAAGGAUUGGCACUCCAAAAGCAGCUGCCCUUGCUGCUCAUGCAAUUGCGAGCUGGAGCAGUGCCGACUUCUGCCCACUACAGUUCCAGAUCAGCACGAGAUAUGGUGGCAACAUUUGCACGUCACAUGAAAUACGACAUGCUCAAGUAUGUGAUAGAGUCAAAGCUGCCAUUCUCACUACUUGUGGAUGGGACAUCGCAUGAUGGAGAAAAAUGGGUUGUGUACCUUGUUCGAACGGUUUCCCCUCAAAACCGCCCCAUAACAUUCCAUCUCGCCUUGGUUACGUUAGAUAGUGAGAAAGCGGACGACAUCAUUACCGCAUUUACUACCCAAUUACAGAAUAUCUCCUCCUGGGCACAGGCUCCAGGUUUGAGCGACGAACCCUAUGCUUACGCAAUGAAACGAAUGAUAGCGUUAUCAUCUGAUGGAGCCUCGGUAAUGGAGGGCAAGCACGCUGGUGUUCAUAAAAAAUUAAGAGACCUAAUAAGACACGAAACAAGGAACACACUGAAGAGAAAUGAUUUCCUGCUUUCUGUUUGUGCUGCCCACAAGCUGAACCUUGUAGUAAUGGACCAGAACGGUCUGGCAUUAAACCUUACGAAUGCACUUGUGAAGGAAAUGCAUCAAUUAUUAGGCUCUGGUGUUGCAACACGAGCUCGUACCGUUUACUCCCAAACAGCUGCGGCUAUGAAAUUCCCUGUGUACGAAAACCUAGCUCUCAGUGGAGUACUUCUGCUACAGAAUACUCAAAGCCAGCAAUAUCACAAAGUGGAUACUCAGUUCCUGAAAAGCUAUCACACUUUGCCCCAGGACAAUGUGGAGAUGCUCGGUUACGAUCCUACUAAGUUUCCUGAUUACCGCAGAAAUAGAGCAUCCCAUUCGGCAACAGAUGAGAUACAAGAAACAAGACCACUGACAAAGGUGCAGAUGUUCCGUCCCAUCAAAAGCUUUGAAUCACUGGCUUCACAAAUUCAGGAUGAAAGCGGUUCCGCAAAACGAACAGAGAGCAUCUUUGAUGCCUCCAUGCUUGAAGCUGUUGCGCUCGGUAAAGCAUAUCGCGACAUCGUAGCUCUGAGGCAGAAAACCAAUUGUAUUAACAAAUUUUACGAAGAUGUGCGAACAAGUUUUCAACGCUAUAUGGCGCCUGAAUCUCGACCCACAGAAAACUGCGUUCUGCCCAGCAUCUCGGCGGAAGAUCGUGGGUAUCCUGACUACAUUGACGAUGAAGGAAAUGUGGACAAAAUCAAGCGCGAUAAACUUAUAUUGGAAUCUAUCAAUGCCAUUGAACGGUUCUGUUCCUUACCUGGAUUGUACAAGUUUUUCAUGGAAUUUUAUAACUCCAUUGCUGGAGCGGUUAGAACACUCAAAACGUGGCCACGCAAUUUUCGAGAAGAUAAAACCAGUGUCAGGUUCUACAAAACGCUGCUUGACUACGGCGAAGAUCUGAGGAUUCCAUCCGACGUGAGGGAGGCCAUAAAAUGCAUACUCGUUAUCCCGGCCAGCAAUGCUGACCCAGAGCGGAGCUUUUCGCAAGCGAAUAUGCUUACAAGGGCAGAGCGUAAUCGGCUAGGGAAUAUAACUCUGAACGACCUCAUGACGUCAGUUUCUUGA